AUGGAGGAACAGCGAGGUCAAGGCAGGGGGUCAUAUAUUUGGGGGAGAAGCGUGCAUAACAUCCGUAUCGAGAGACUAUGGGUGGAUUGGACCAAUAUGAUUUGGUCCAAAUGGAAGUCCUUCUUCCAAGAUCUCGAAGUAACUGGCGGGCUCAACCCUGACAAUACAGCUCAUAUCUGGUUGCUACAUCACCUCUUCUUACAUUUCAUUAACCAGGAGGCGAUACAAUGGGCAAAUGCAUGGAACAUGCAUAAGAUGUCCUUGCCCGAUGGACAACGGAGCCAUUCACCAGCCGAUCUCCGCUGGUUUGGCAUUCUACAAAGCAGAGCACAUGGAUUUGAUGCUGAAAGCUUUCAGCCGCCUGAAGAAGAUCUCAAUGUCGAUGAAAUUAAUGAGUAUGGUAUCGACUGGGAGGCAUAUGAAGACCAGCACAUACAAGCCCAUCAUACAGAAGGUAACCCACCUGACCAUCUUGGUCACAAUCCGUUCAUCGCACAUAGACCUGAUCAUUACAAUGUGAUUGAGGUCGAGGAGCCAAAUUGUCCCCUGUCCCCCCAGCAUCUCACUAUCUUACAUCAGUGUACUGUAAAUAUCCCCGACUCUACCAUGACAGAGAGGAAGAUACUUUGGAUGCAGGCAAUGCAACUAUGUUCUCAGUUGACUUAA